AGAACAGAUAGUCAUUCAUCAACAUGCCGCUGGUAGAGAGCAAACCGAGAAAGAGAAGUCUAAAUAUUGAGUUACGUACAAGUGAUUCAACGUUUAGUACACUAUCUCCCGAUGAAGAUAGUAUUCCCGUAAAAAAGCGUUUGAGAAGGGCUCAACAAUUUACUCAGAAAUGUAUUCCUCCACCACCACCUCUUAUCAAUAUGACCGACUAUAUAAACUCGAAGAAACUUGAAGAAGAGAAGUUUAUGAAGGAAAAACAAAAACAUCAUAGUCUAACUACUUUCUCAAUACCACCAGAAGCUUAUAAUGACAAUCUAGCACCGCCCUACCUUGGACCUUACGUAUUCCCUGAAAACGCCUCCUCACUCUAUUUAUGGCCGAGACAAGUUCUACCUUAUCCUGGCUUUAAAAUUGAAAAUCUCAAGUCAAAACUAAGAAUUGAAGAUAUUUGUAAAUCACCAAACGAUUCAAGAACAAUUACAGCUAGCAAAAAGAGUAAUUGUACCCUACACUAUACCCUGGCAGCCUUAACGGGUUUGCCACUAGCAAUUAAAGGGUUGUCUUGA